CAUUAAACGUCGCCGAAUGUGCGGUUCUGGCUAGCGAACGCUAACAACUCGUCGAAACAGUCGUUGUUUCGAGGCAUCUAUUGUCGGUUUCUUUGGUGUUUAUUUUCCAAGUAUAUUUUAGCAAAGCAACCGGAAUGUCUCUGGAGAUUGUCCCGAAAGAUCUGCGUCAUUUGAGAGCGUGUCUGCUGUGCUCUCUUGUCAAGACCAUUGAUCAGUUUGAGUAUGACGGAUGCGACAACUGUGAAUCAUACCUGCAGAUGAAGGGCAAUCGAGAGAUGGUUUAUGAAUGCACAAGCUCUUCUUUUGAUGGAGUUAUUGCUAUGAUGAGCUCAGAGGACAGUUGGGUGGCAAAAUGGCAAAGAAUCGGUAACUUCAAGCCAGGUGUCUAUGCAGUAACGGUAACGGGUCGGUUACCUCCAGGUGUGGUGCGAGAGCUGAAGAGCAGAGGCGUCAUCUACAGAUCCAGAGACACGGCUGUUAAAACAUGAAAACAUCACUUUAUGGAUCACAUGUUUGUAAAGCGACACACAUAACCAGCUGUUUAGUGACUGCGGUUCUGUUAGUGUCUAUUUCAUUUAAUGUCUUAUGAUUUUCUUUUUUUAUUUACACUUUUUGGGUAUUUGGAUCUAUAAUGGUUUGAUUAUGAUUAAAUGAUUGAUUUGAUUAUUCCAUGUAAAUGA